UACUGCCCCCCAAACCAAGAGAUGAUCCUCCGACACAUUAUCGCCUGUUUUACUGGCGGUGUGAAGGGCUGCAGACGCCGAGCAGUGCUGGGAGCGGUUGCUCAGGCCCGGUCCAUCAGCGGCUUACGCUUGUUUUCCACGCCGGCUUGUAGCGGAGUCACGGCUAUGGACGAGAUUCUGACCAGGGUUAUAGCUCCUUUACCCACAUACGAGACGAGGGACAAAUCUCCGCCUCCCCCCGAGUCCAGCAGCGUGGAGUUCAUGCACUUCUACAGGAGCCUUGACAAGGGUCAGAAGACUGAGUUUUUGGGGAAGCUGUCGCGGGAUUUUGGCGUAGAUCAUAACAGCGUUUCGGAGUUCGCUUUGAAAGUCCUGGAUACCCAGCUGCGGGACCUAGCGACCAUUUUGCAAGCGGAGGAUCGUUUGCGAUACAGUUUGACCCCCCGUUAUAAACAGUUGCUGAAUCAUAUCAGCAGGGUCGAGGGGGGAGUCAAGUUUCUGGUGGACCUCCGAGCUGACGUGCUUGAAAUAAUCUCGUUUAAAACCAAGGAAAGUCCACAUAUCAGGGACCUAAAUGGCACCCUGAAGAGCUUGCUGUCUGAGUGGUUCUCUGUGGGUCUGCUCCAGCUGGAGAGAAUUACCUGGCGGUCCCCUUGUGAGAUCCUGCAAAAGAUCAGCCAGUAUGAGGCAGUGCAUCCUGUGAGGAACUGGACUGACAUUAAGCGGCGGGUUGGGCCCUACCGCCGUUGCUAUGCCUUCACCCAUGCUGCCAUGCCAGGAGAACCUUUGGUAGUGCUUCAUGUGGCCCUCACAGAGGAGAUCUCUGAUAACAUACAGAGCAUCGUCCGUGAGUUUGCCACACUUGACUCUGAGGAGGAUGUGAAUAAGAUAAAUGCAGCCAUCUUCUACUCCAUCUCCUCCACCCAGGCUGGCCUACAAGGGGUGGAGCUGGGAAACUAUCUCAUCAAGAGGGUGGUACGAGAACUACAGAGUGAGUUCCCUCACAUGGGCCAGUUCUCCAGUCUGUCUCCCAUCCCAGGCUUCUCCUCAUGGCUCCAAAGCAUGCUCAGCCAGUAUAGGAAAGAGGGCCGGGGCUCUGAACUCCUCUGUGAGCAGGAAUGGAGGGAAGUGGAGAAGGCGACCGAUUCGGCCCCGGGAGCCCCUGCCCUGGAUGCCCUACGAAAGCUGAUCAGUACCAGCGAAUGGGUACGCUCUGAGCGGUUGGCACAUGGAUUAGAGCCCGUUCUAAUGCGUCUCUGCGCCUGGUACCUUUAUGGGGAGAAGAGGCGAGGCUAUGCCCUCAACCCAGUGGCCAACUUCCACCUGCAGAACGGGGCCACCAUGUGGCGGCUAAACUGGCACGCUGACAUGAGCCCCAGAGGCUUGGCAAACUCCUGCGGCAUCAUGGUUAACUAUCGUUACUUCCUGAAUAAGACGCCUAAAAACAGUGCUCUCUACCUGCAGAAUAAGCUUAUCACAACCUCUGAGCAGGUGCUGGGACUGGUGUCACAAUUCCAAAGAAACAGCAAAUUAUAGCAGACAAUUGGAUGCACUGAGACAAGGAUGGACGGACAGACACACAUGCAUGUGUAAAAUUAUGUAUGGACUAACACUCAUAAAGACAUCCAUGUUUGAAUGUUCUGCAGGUUAGAUGAGUUGGGAUCAGUGAAACAUGUUGGACUGAUUUACGUUCAUACAUUCAAUUUGUGCACACACAACAUAUUUAUUUAAUUUGUUAGAAAUAAUAUCUUCAUAUCUGACGUCAUAGAACAUAACAGAACACUCACCAGCUAUUGUCCUUGUAGUGAAAUGAGAAAAUGUUUGUUAUGAUGUGAUGACUGCUGUAUGUAGUGCAUGCAUCAGGCUCGUUUGCCUCAUUGCAUUUCUGGCUUUGGCUGUUUGGUAUUGUCCAUGUGCCUCCUAGGCUGAGAAACCAUAGCUAAUGAAGCACAAGGCAUCUAUCAAUGCCUUACCAUGUUCCUGCCUGACAUUGUGUGUGAUGGUGAAACACGAGCGCUGAACAAGGGAAGUUAUUGGAAUAAAUUAUGUUUUGA